AACCUCCGCUAGGAAAGUACGUUUUCCCGCCAAAAGUGCCGAUUGACAGUUAAUUUUUUUUUAUAACAAAAAAAAAACCGUGCUGUGUUAUUUAAGUAUUCAUACAGAUCAGGCUCUUGGAUUUUUAAUUCCAUUUAAAUAAGUUGGUGCCUUCAAUAGAGAUCCACGAUGAUGUGUCUGUGAUACACAUCGGGCGGGAGCGGUGCCACCUUCCAACAUGACGUCGGAGCGGGCCAUCCCUCACCUCAGGGACAUCUUCGGCCUCAACCAACAAUACGACACCAAGAGUUUCGACGACAACGAAGAUAAAAACAAAAAGACCAAGAAGAAAAAGGAAGACUACCGCUCUUACGCUAAUGGAGACGUCAAAACUCUAGAGAGGCACUUAAGUAUGAAAAAGACCAUACGGAAAAAGAUCAUGCGUGACCUUCAGCAGGCGUUCGUUGAAGAUCCUAACGAGUUUAAGGUCGAAAACACGAGCCCGGAGAAACUGAAGGCGGAACUCAGUGCGGAAGCGGUGAAGAUCGAGAAAAACGUACGAAAGAACGACCCCACGUUCCUAGACAUGUUGCGGGGUGAGACCAGAGCAGAGGAGACCAGGGAGGAGCAGCCGCCAGCGGAGAAGACGAGCUUCUGGCGGCGUCUCACCAUGAAGAAUAAAAAUAAAAGAUAAAACUGUUAGGCAGCCGCGCGAACACCUUACUCCCUUUCGUCUCCUUUCCAAUUUGUGUGUUCUAUGUCAAUUACUACGUAUUUUAUGAACUUUUUGCAAUUCAUACAUUUUUAGGUAAUCGGCUACACUAAGACUGACUGAAAUGUAGCCAACAUAUACAAUUUCGCAUAAUAUGUACGCUGUAAGGUGAUAUUUUUGUUGAUGAAACUAGUUUUAUUAUAAUAAGCAAAAUAUAUACGCACAAUUCGCUUUUUAUAACGAGAAUUUUCUCUAGAAGUUGGCCGGAAAGGGUUAUGUUUUUAAAGGAAGGGAUAGAUAAAAUGUAAUCCGGUUUUCCGGAAUUUUGCUGAAUCAAUAUUGUACUAAUAGGACGGAGGGAACAAUGUAAUACAAAAAAGCAAAAGUUCAUCCACAACUUUAUUUAUAUUUUUGUCUUAAAAAUAUACCGAUAACUAGGUACUUGAACUUUUGCACAUUAAUUGAAAUAAAAUUACUGGCUAACCCAUCGCUUUAAAGUAAAAUAUCAAGUAUAUACCUAAACCUUUCCCUUCACUGACAAAAUGUUUGUUCACGAUAAUAUUGUAGGCUGUUCCUCCAAAAUAACACCAAGUCUGCCAAAGAUGGUAUACGUAGUAAAAUUAUUUGGAGAAUUGCAAAUUACUUACUACAUACUUAAGUACCUAUAAGUUUCAGGUGAAAAAAAAACGUAAAAAAGGAUUAGCAAUGUUGUCUUGUCUCAAUAGCUUUUCUUGUGAUUAUUUUUUUAUAUUUAUUUCUCUUUAUAUAAAUCUUUGUAUAAAAAUAAUUGAUUAUGCGAUUUUCACAAGGCCCUUACAUAGGUACCUAAGUAUAAUUAUAUGGACAUAGGCAUAGGACAAGACGUACAAACUAAAAAAAUCUGGCUAAAGUAAGGGUUGAUGUAGUUAAAUAAUGUAGAAAACGGUCUUUAUUAAUUAUCCUAAAAUAUAAAAAAAAAAUUAAAUGUUUAUGAAUAUCUAUAUUAAAGAUGAAGUUUUGUUUUUCGACUGAUUAUAUUCGCACUCAAUUUCAAAUUUAUUUAGGUACCUGUUCCUUUUGUUAGAUAACUAAGUAUACUUAAUUUAAAAAAAAGACAUACCUUCUUACGAUUUUAUCUAAGUAUUGAAUAUUAAUUUAUCUACCCUUUUCGGCUAACAUGAGUAAAUAUAUAUUGAAUUAGGGCUAAGAAUUGAUGAAAACGGAGUAAGGUGGUACCCACAGGGCAAUGGAGAUCGCCGCCGUAGAUUUUAGAUUUAUUUAAGACAAUAGAAGUGGUAUAAAUAAUUAUUGUAGGUAUGUUUUUGACGCACCAAUGGCUUUUUGCUUAAAUCGCGCUCAAGCCAAUGUCUAGUUGAACCAAGUCUUUCUGAAACAGUUGCAUAUCGAUGAUUUGGAAGGUCAACCCAAUGUUGCCACUCCGGCUGUCGUUGACUCAUCGUAAGUAUUUUUCUACAUAGUGCAAUGCCGUCAAUUAAUCUUAGAAUUGAGAUGCAAUAUAAAGGACAGGACAACACAUUUCACCAUUACUUACCACUUGUACAGUCUUUAUUCCAAUGUCUAUGGUUACGAAUUGCUCUGUGGUGAUAUAAAUAUCGUCGGCCAUUGUUACUUAUAUAUAAAACAAUAUCUCGUUCUAAAUGUGAUGUAAAGUUAAGUUGAUUAAGAUAGUAUAUAAGUGAUUAAGGUAAGAGUGACGCCAGCCGCAGUGUGUAAGGUAGGUUCGAGGCAAUUUCUUGUUGUGACAGUUAUUAUGAUUCAAUAUACAUAAUUUUACACAUUCA